AUGACGCACUUCAACAUCAAUGUUGUCAGCGACACAGUCUGCCAAUACAAGGAGAGACACCCGGGCUCGAACGAUACUUUUGCGAUCAACUGGUUUCCUUUCUACCUGGAUCCGACUGCUCCAAAGAGCAUCGACAAGCAGGAGCGCUAUGAAUCGAAAUUUGGCAAAGAGCGCACCGCUAUGAUGCAGCAACGUCUCUCACAGAUUGGCCACGCCGAAGGCAUCAACUUCAAAUAUGGCGGCAAAACUGGCAACACUCGCGACUCGCAUCGCUUGAUCCAGCUCGGAAAGACGAAGAGCCCACAGCUUCAGACCCGUGUGAUCGAAGAGCUUUUCGCUGCGUACUUUGAGAAUGAGAAGGACAUCACCAGGCAAGACAUCUUGAUCGAAGCUGGUGUCAAGGCCGGACUGGAAGAGAAGGAAAUUAAGGAGUGGCUCGAGAGUGGUAAGGGAGGACCGGAAGUUGACAAGGAGGUGCAAGACGCCGUCGAGCAAAACAUCAGCGGUGUGCCCAACUUCACCAUCAACGACCAGUUCGAAGUAGGUGGCGCGCAAGAUGCCUCUGCAUUUGUCCAACUCUUUGAGCGCUUCAAGAAACAGGAAGGUAGCUUGUAAAAAACAGGAAACAAGCAAGACCAAUAAAGGCAUGGGUUCAGAGUUCAAAACUCGACUUUCACUCCACACACCCACUCGAUCUCCAUGAAACUGAACAUUGCUGUUUGUAUUCUCAACGCAAUCUUUCUCUG